AUGAGCGUAUUGGGCGUUGCUUCGUCCUCGGCGGUGCCGACAGCAUCCUCGGGCAAUGUGACAGCUGCUCUCGACGUCGAGACCACCAACUGGAAUGCGGUUCGCAUCCUUGCAGACCAGCACCACCUUCCGCUUGAUGCUUUGCAAGCCAUCCGCGAUACCGUCGCCACUCAGCCUACCAAGUACGCAGCUGAUCACGACUUUGGCCGCGACACUCCGCUUCACAUCACUGCAACACGCCUCGAUACAGGCCGAGUCGUGUUUCGCUUCCGCUCGCGGCCCACCGCCUCUACGUCUGCUCUACCUCCAGUAUCACAGCGCGAUGGAAUACCGCGCUCCAGCUCGUCCGGUGCUGUCUUCCCUCAGCCUCAGUCCGAUUCCGUCGACACGCUACAGCCGGUCCCAAAGACCAAUUUGACCAACAGCCUCUUCCGCAAACCAGGCAAUCUCAGCCUAAGCCAUUCCAAGUCCAUACCCGUCCUUCGUCGCAAAGCCUCGACCAGUUUUGCUUCUCCCGCUUUCAAUGGCGGGGACACGGUCGCUUCGGGCAGCACGGCCUAUGGCAGGAACUCGGCAUCAGCCGAACAGUCUCUCGGCGCUGCACGAGUACCACCGUCAGCUCUGCCGCUGCCCUCUUCUUCCCGAUCAGCAUCAGCGAAUCAACUCGGCAGUCAUCUAUACCCAUAUCGCGUAGGUGCAAGCAAUGCCGUCGGCAUGGCCCGCACCGGCAGCACACCGGUCAGCGGACCGCACGCAGACCGUCGCAGCGCGGAACAUAUUCAGGAGGGCGACGUACUUGGUGCUGUUCUUGGACUCGGCCAAGCGGAUGUGUGGGCCAGCGCGCACGCCGUGCCGCAACCUCAACCCCGACGUCGCAGAUCGUCCAGCAGCUCGUCCAACUUGUCUCUGAAUCACACUACUCGUCAGCAGCCGUCGCCUCCAGAGCUGCGUCUGCCGGAGCUCAGCUUCGAUUCACGCUUUGCCAACUCACCGCGUUUCCACCAGCUCAGAGAGGCGCAAUCCUUCGAAUCGAAUGCGUCCGACGUGACAGCUCGCGGCGAAGAGGAAAAAGAAAUCUCUUCCGAUCGGUAUCCUAUCGAUCUCCAACCCUUCUUGCGCGGUGAGGCCACCAACACCUCUGGUCAUUUGCCCAACACACUUGUCUUCGACGUGUUGCAGUGCUAUCGACGACCUUCUUUGACAUCAUCACAGCAGCUUCAGCGGCGACGAGCGGAAUCGCGCGACUCCUUGUCAGCAUCUGUGCCCGCUCUCACAAACUCACAUGAUUUUACAGCGCAGGCACAGGGGUUGCCUACCUCCGCUGCGCCUGGCGAUGAUCCGCGAUUCGCUGUUUGGGCCGUCAAGAGUGCAAGGAACGAUAGCACCUUUGUCAUCAGCGAUCGCACAGGCCAGACGGACGAGAACCAAUCCGGCGUGCUCGGCUCCACAGCAACCACUUCGCCCUCAAGCACGACGAAGUGGCCGAAACGACGAAGCAAUAUGCCGUUCGGCGUGGAAAGCAGCGCAGACGUGGGUGGUCGCUCUCACGACCCUUCGACUGCCAGUCCAGCCUCGGAAAUCAAACUCGACGCCUCGGCGCACAUGCCAACGUCUGGCAAAGCCAACUUACUCGCCGCGUCUGCAGCGCGCCUGGUCGCCGAGCUUACUGCAGAGAUCGACCUCACCCUUAGAGACGACUUCUUUUACACGUAUCGCGAGUUCAUGACUCCCUCUGAUCUACUCGAGCUGCUCAUUCUUCGUUUCGAAUGGGCCAUCUGUGAGCCCAGCUCAGCCGAAGACGAGGCGCGUCGGCGCAUCGUGCGAGUCCGCACCUAUGUCGUCAUCAAGCACUGGCUGCAGCACCACUUCGACUUUGACUUCCUCCCUAGUCGCCCUCUGCGACAGCGUCUAGCUACCUGGCUCAACUCCGUUGCCAAGGACGAACGCAUCACUGCGCGGCCUGCAGAUCUCAACAUUAUCAACAGUCUGCGCAAAGUGGUCAGAGGUCUCAAGGAGACAUACUUGCACUCUGGCGUGGGUGGCCUCCUAUUGCAUGACGCUGGCCGCGUCGCCAACAGCACAGCUGUGCGUCCCAAGACGGACAGCAUCUCUACCUUCAAUUCGUCGUCACAAGACUCGGAGCCGAGCGUCGCGACCACGUCCAGCUCCGCAUCAGGUGGCGAGCGAAGCAUGGCGAGCUCCGGAUCAGCAUCGUCGAUCGUUGAAGACGUCAACCUGGACUUUUCUGAGGAUCAGAGCUCUCAAGACUCUCCGCAGAUCCCGUCGCCUGCCACGCAAAGUAGUCAAACUUCCUCUCCGAGAGCCACACGGCCAGACCUCUCGGAUUCCAAUCGCGCCGCGGCGCAGAAAGCAGCAGCAGAGUCUGUGCUCGUAUCGCAUCGACACACGCUGGCACCUUUGCCACCAGCCCAUCAACGCUACACCACAUCGUUUCCCGGUCCAUUGGGAUCGCCCUCUCCGCUGCCGCAUGGUUCGCACGGAUCGAACGCCUUGUCGCGUGCUUUUGCACAGACCGUCAACCGCAUCUCCAAGUUCAAGCGUGCGCUCAACAACCGUGGUUUGGGCUUGGACGGCCAUCACGAGCUCGAUGCCGAGGCAGAAGAAUGCAGCGACCUCCUCUUUGCCAAAGGAGGCCUGGAUAGUCUGUUGCAAUAUUUUGCCGUGGACCAAGCCGCACGGCUCUCCUCGUCGGCGGCGCGCAGUCCACGCAAACCGCGCCAACGACCUCUUUCGUGUACUGAAGAGGCCACUGAGGAAGAAGAGGAGGCUCUGGCGAGUCAAGCGUCCGAGGACAGCACGGGACAAGAGGAGACGCCAAGCCUGGCGGGUGCAUCCACCAACCGCUCUACACCCGCUAGCUCCAUCGACUUGACUCGACUCUCGGAUAAGCACGCUUCACAGGACAACGCAGAUCCUCGUGGCCUUGGCAUUGGCAUCGACAACGACGCCCGUGAUGACGAAGGUGUCUCCGUCGCACCUCACGCCAUGGAUCUCUUGAGCCUCGACUCGAGCUGCAUCCGACCUCUCAACCCAUUGGGUCGAACGAGGCCCAAAGCGGAGGAGCUUCUCCACCACGCCGCCAGCGAACAGACUCUCCGGUCUGUGUCGCGAGUGCCCGCAGAGCGAGACUCGGAAGACGAGUUCCCUCGUCCUACAGCAAGCUCUGUUCAUCGACGAGCGUCGAUUCGUGACUCGAUUCUGAGCAAUGGCGCCCCGCGCAUCGUGCAAAUUGACGAUAUCGACCUUUCCAGCGAUGAAGACGACUUUGCUGUUCGAAAAGCUCUGCGGCGCUUACCCGGCGCCAGGGAUCUCCGUCAGGCCAACACGAUCAGGGAUCUCGAGCCACAGCAGCUGACGCUUGGGCGCGCAAGCAUCGACUCGAUGGCAUCCUCCAUCUUCCGACAACCCACCGCCACGCGCCAUGUUCACAUGGGCUCGUUUGCAUUGGGACAUACCCGAGGGGUCAGCGUAGACAGUGCGCUUUUCGUCCCUGAGCAGCUUGGAACCAUGUCCUCAACCUUGCAGCGGGCGCCGCAAAUCAUCACCACCGUGCAGUCUGAGAUGCUCGAUCCCGACGAGGCACUUCAAGGCUACGAGCUCGUCAAAGGCUUCCGCCUGGACGACAUUGACAGCGACGACGAAGAGCCGGGCGAUGUCGAAGCUGCCUUGCGUCGUCUUGAAGGUAUCAUCGAUGAAGAUCGCCAGAAGGCAAAGGCCAAGCGCGUCGAACGCCUUUGGCAACGCUCGAUGGCCCGCAAUGCCAAUGCAGAUACUGCUCACGACAGCGACGACAAGGAUGCAGACAUCCGUCGCAGCCAGGCAUCGGUACUGUCCAAGGGCGAUCGCCCCCUGUCUUCCUCCCUCACGGGUGGUUCCCUCGCUGAUGCGGACGACGAAGCUUCCAACGUAUCCGUCCAUCCCUGUGAUCGUUCCUCGGAUGAUCCACAGCACGCAAUGCAGCGCCAGCCGAACACCGCAAAAGAGCGAAACAUCAAGGCGCAGUCUUCAUUCUUGGAUCUUCGCGACAGCAGCGAUACUUCCGAUUCAGAGGACCACAGCGAAGCUUCUGCGCCACAGAAGCCCUUGGCAAAGCCAUCCGCAGCUGCCAUGCCUCGAGACAACUCUUUGCAGACUCGGCCGCGAGCGAACUCAGCAGAAAUUGCGAGACAGCCGACUGCUCUUGCUUAUGCGCAACGGCUAGGACCGACUCCGAGCCUGCUGGUGUCUCCCAAGCGUGGCCUGGCACCCGUGCCUCCCGUUCAUCGCUCGUUCCUGCUGUCCUACCGAUCCGAGUCCGUGGCGCGUCAGAUGUGCUUGAUCGAAGCAGAGCUGCUGCGCUCUGUAUCUUGGGACGAGCUAGCCUCUUCGCGAUGGCGUGAGCGUCGUUUCGGCGCUGAGGUGACCGAUUGGGAGGCCUUCUACCGAGACCGGGUACGCGAUCGUCUCGAAGCUCAGCGCCUCGGCGUGGUGCAACAGGAACGCGCCGUGGAAGCCAUUGUCGCGCGCUUCAACCUCACGGCCAACUGGGUGGCCAGCGAGGUUGUGCUGACGCAAGACAUCGACGAGCGCGCAGCCGUCAUCUCGAAGCUGAUCCGUAUCGCUUGGAAGUGCUACUUGCAGUCCAAUUUUGCUUCGCUGGCGCAGAUCAUCUUUGGACUCAGCACACCGUGGGUCGAGCGGCUCCGUCGCACGUGGAAUCGCGUCGGCUACUAUGAGAUGCGCAUGUGGCGCGACCUGAAUUCAUUUGUCGGGCCGCGACACAACUUCCGCCAUUUGCGCAAUGCCAUGUUGCAGUUGGCCGAGAGCAGCGCAGGCGACAGUCGACAGGGUGGCCCGAACGCAGCUUCCACGUCCGCUGAUGCCGGCAAACCCGCACCGGCACGAGGCUGCAUUCCCUUCUUUGGUCUGUAUGUGUCGGACCUGAUGCAGUUCGACGCGAUGCCGACCUUGUUGGACCCCACCUCACCGACAAUGGCAGCCACCACCACUUCGACCGCGGACGGCAAGCUGCGAGUGCACCCGGUGCAUCCACAUGCCUUUGACGAGCUUGCUCCGCUUCCUCCUGGCGUGACAUUGGAGCCGCUCAUCAACGUGCUCAAGUUCCGCAGCAUCGCCGAAGUGAUUCGCCAGAUCGCGGCGUUCCAGAGUGCAGCCAAAAACUACUCCGCUAUGUUUGAAGCGGAGAAGGGAGCCUAUGUGCGUUGCUUGAAGCUGCGAUGCUUGCCCGGCGAGCUGCUCGCUCGUCUCAGUCAUUUGAUCGAGCCCUGA